GCCGUGUUCUCGUGUCUUCUGGACACCGAGCAGCCUGCAGGGUCGGAACGGCGCACGGAGGAGGCCAGCAGUCUCAGAACGUCAGUGAAGACGAGAACUGCUGAUUGUAUCAGACAGGUUCCUUCGCUAUCGAACACCGGAGAGAAGAGCGGUGCUCUUGUAAUAUAGACAGUUGAUAAGCGCGGCACGUGACACGCAUCGUAAGACUAGUCGCGCGCGUAGCGGCCGCCGAUACGGAGUGACCGCGUGUCGCAAGCGCCCGCAGCCGCCUACGUCACCCGGGCGGCGCUCCCGCCAGCUUCGCGGGGGUCCUGCUAUUCCCGGCGAUCUGACUGCACGUACACAGUGUACAGCGCACGGUCGCUGCCGCCGGAAGAGGCGCUGCCCAGCUGAUCGCGACAGAGCGCCACUCUCCUACCUCACUCUGCCAUCUCAAGUCGCUGCGCCCGACCUCCAUCCCACUGACCACUCUGCCGCUCAGAGUUUGGCACUGGAACCUUAGAGGGUGUCGGAUGCCAAUACAGCAGUAAGGCGGUGGUUCCCGUGAAGCAGAGGAAAACCUCGCGACGCCAUGGGGGGCGUCUACAGGGAGACGCCUUACCGUCCGACGACGACGAUUGUGGAGAAAGCGCCGCUGAUGGGAUCGUGUCGACUGACGUUCACGAUGUGCGCCUUCGCGACGCUGUUCAACCUGAUCCUGAUGCGCUACAACCUGAGCUUCGCCCUCGUCUGUAUGGUGAGCGACACCAGCGCCGACUUCCUCAAGAGCGGCAGCAGUCGCAACUUCUCCGAGGACGGUCUCGGCAAGGAUGGCUGUCCCGUGCACCAGCAGAACCCGGGGUCCGCAGUCGUCACGCACGGCGAGUUCGAGUGGAGCAAGGCGGUGCAGGGCCGCGUGCUGUCGGGCUUCUUCUACGGGUACGUGGCGAGCCAGGCGCUGGGCGGCUGGGCCAGCGACCGCUGGGGCGGCAAGCGGCUGUUCGUGCUGGGCAACCUGCUGCAGUCGGUGGCCACGCUGCUGCUGCCCGCCGCCGCCCGCCUGCACCACGACGCGCUCUUCGCGCUGCGCCUCCUGCAGGGGCUCGUCUGCGGCUUCAGCCUGCCGAGCGUGUACCAGCUGUACACUCGCUGGGCGGCGCCCGAGGAGCGGACGGCGCUGAUGGGGGUGGCCUACACCGGCUUCCCGCUGGCCAACGUCGUCAUCUUCCCGCUGUCCGGCGUCCUCUGCCAGGCCACCGCGCUCGGUGGAUGGCCCUCCAUCUUCUACGUCACAGGCGCCUUUGGGUUCGUAUGCUCUGUGGUGUGCUGGUUCCUGGUAUACGAAAAUGCGAACGUGCAUCCGCGCAUCUCUGCAGAAGAGAGGGAGUACCUCAACGCCGUCGCCGUCAAGGAGACUGGAAAGCCGCCCAGUAUACCGUGGGGCUCCGUGCUGAGGUCCGGCCCCGUGAUGGCCUACCUAGUGGCGCACUUCUGCUACUCGUGGGGCUUCGUCACGCUCGCCGUCAACCUGCCGCUCUUCAUGAAGGAGGUCCUCUUCUUCGACCUGCACCAGAACGGCAUGCUGUCUGCGUUGCCGUACCUGGGAGUGCUGGUGGUGCGCAUCAUCGUCUCGCUGACGUUCACCGGCUGCCAGAAGAGGACGGGGCUCAGCCUCACCAACCUCAGGAAGCUCAACCACACCGUCGGCACGCUGGGUGCGGCGGCGAGCCUGUUGGGGGUGGCGUCGCUGUCGUGCCAGCAGCAGUUCUGGGCGGUGCUGGUGCUGACGGCGGGCCAGGCGGUCACCGACCUCGCCUUCACCGGCGGCUACGUGCUCUCCUUCCUCGACCUGGCGCCCCGGCUUGCCGGCACCCUCACCGGCGCCGCCAACGCGCUCGGCAACCUGCCCGGCGUGCUCGCGCCCACUAUGGUCGGAUAUCUCACCACCAACGGUACGCGCGAGGAGUGGACUGUGGUGCUGUACGUGACGGCGGCGUUCUACGUGGUGGGCGCAGCUGUGUACCUGGUGCUGGGCAGCUCAGAGCAGCAGCCGUGGGCGCCGGGCGACGCCAAGAGCCCGCCCGACAUCGAGAUGGAGCCUCUGCAGCUUCCGGAGAAGGCGCCCCACCCCCGCACUGACGUCAACAGCAACGGCAUCCCCCAGCAGCCCACCACCACCAAGCUGCUGUGAGCGGAUUCUCCACCUCUACCCCCGGCACCGUCCGUCGUGUUACGUCAGAUAGUAUUCCGCCCACGAUGUUGAAUACAUACAUUAAAAUAUGAAAAAAAUGUACGACAAUUGAUAAAAUGGGACACACUGUGAUUUGUGGUAUUCCUGGAACUCUAAACUAGAGAGCGUUUCUGUCCUACCACAAAGAGGAACUGUCUUCGUCGAGUGUGUGGAGUGACGUGUCAGAACUGUUCGUGAUGAUGUUCAUAAAGUGAUUGCUACGCGUUAAAACUGAAGUUUGCAUUUAAAAGUGCGACACGAGCAGUAAUAAACAGAAGUGAACUUUUGACCUAGAAGAUUUUAUUGCAGGAAACAUAGCCUUUCCUGAGUUCAUCUUCCUUACGUUACAGUGCUCAAAAGGAUCAGCAGGGUGCAGCAGUACAGCUUGUAGUGCUGACCUAAUAUUCACGAUAAAACAUGCACAUUGUGGCAUCAAUGAACUCUGCAAAUAUUUCUUAUAACUAUUAUUUUGUAGCAUAAUAAAGGUUUGCUAUUCUUUCCUCCGUCAUUUA